UUUGAAAUAAGAUAAAGGAAUAGCACAGCCACGUCAUCGAUCCAUGUGAAACAUCGUCGGGGCAUGAUCCACCGUUGGAUCAGAACGAAAAGAAGAACCCCCAGCCGCAGAUGCAGUCCCAUCAACACUCAAUACCUCUCUUGUUUUUUCGCUUUGUUUAUUUAAUUUUUUCCAUUUCUUCUACCAGCUCCGAUCUGUUGAACCCUUUUAUAUCCCUUCCCCUCUCCCAAUUUUGUCCAUCCAAAAUCUUCUCUGCUCCUACUGUAGCUCCACUGCUUUUAAUUCCCAUCUUUCUUGCCCAAGAUUUACUUUGUUCGUGGCAUGGCGAGUGAAGAAGUGCAAGCUAAUCAUUUUCAACCUCCGGCGCCGGCGCCGGCUCCGCCUGUGCCUCCCGGCACUUUGCCUCAGUAUCCAGAGAUGAUUUUAGCAGCAAUUGAAGCAUUAAACGAGGAGAACGGCUCAAAUAAAUCUUCAAUCUCAAAGCACAUCGAAGCCACCUACGGAAAUCUCCCGCCCGCUCACUCCACACUCCUUACUCACCACCUCAACAAAAUGAAAUCUGCAGGCCAGCUCCUUUUCAUCAAGAACAACUACCUCAAACCCGACCCAAAUGCCCCGCCACGCCGCGGACGCGGACGCCCCCCCAAGCCCAAAUCCCCACUUCCGCCUGGCACCGUUUCGCCGCCCCCCCGUCCCCGCGGCCGGCCUCCGAAAUCCCGCGAUCCAACGGCUCCCCCGCCGCCGCCUAAACCCAAGGCCACAAGUACAACUGGCAAUGUUUCUGGGAAAAAACGUGGGCGGCCGCCGAAGGGUGCCGCAGAAGGUGCGGGUGCGGCUCCACCGCCUGGAGGGGCGCCCCGCGGGCGUGGCCGGCCUCCUAAAGUGAAGCCUGCUGUAGCUGCGCCUGUAGGAGCUUGAUUGGAAGAAGAGGGAGAGACAGAAAUAGCUUAGGGAGUGUAGUGGUAAUUAGUGGGGUUGAUGGUCACUUUGUUUUGGUUGUUAUUUAUGGAUGUUUGUAGUUCGAGUUAAUCUUGAUUUAGGAUGGUGAAGUGAGGGGGCAGCCUGUUGAUGAUGAUGGUGUUGUAACAUUAGUGUAAAUUUUAAUGGUGAGGUUUGAAAUGGCAUGGGAUUCUCCCGUUUUAGUGAAAAAUGAAAAAUUCUUUGCAAUGCAAUGUUCAUUAGAUUUUUGUGCUUUCUA